AUGACCAUCGUGAAUGACAAGAUAAGAAUUCAGGAACAUGUCAAGGGCUUGGCUCCUAUGCAAUCACCUGCGAUAACUAAGCAGCAUGUUGGACUUAUUGCUCAGGUUGGGAACCUGUUAACCAUUUGGCUGGAGAAUCAAAACCAACACCAUGCUCCUGUGAGUUUAGGCAUAAUUCAGGAAAAGACUGGGAGUCUUUAUGGUGAUCUAAAGAAAAAACAGGGGGAGAAUUCUAAUACUGAGCCUUUUAAUGCAAGAAGAGGGUGGUCUAUCCAUUUUAAAGUCAGGGCCAAUUUGUACAACAUCAAGGUCUCAGGUGAAGCUGCCAGUGCUGAUGAGGAGGCAGCUUGUGCUUUUCCUGAGACAUUGACUGAAAUCAUUGAAGAGGGUGGGUAUUGUGCUCAGCAAGUUUUUAAUGUUGACGAAAUUGGGCUUUUUUGGAAAAAAAUGCCAUCAAGAAUUGCCAAAGAGGAGAAAUUCAUGCCAGGGUAUAAAACUGCUAAAGAUAGGCUCACUCUUCUGCUCUGUGCAAAUGCUGCAGGAGACUUGAAACUUAAACCUUUGCUUGUGUACCGUUUGGAAAACUCCAGGGCUUUCAAGGGAUAUUCCAAGGCAUUUCUCCCAGUGAUAUAGAAAUCCAAUCCUAAGGCGGUGGUCAAUAAGAACAUUCUUGAGUUUAAUCAUCAUUUUGUGCCAAGUGUCAGGGAUUUUUGCAGCAAAAACAGUCUAGCAUUUAAAAAAUUGUUAAUCCUCAACAAUGCUCCUGGUCAUCCAAACAUCCUUGAUUACAUGCAUCCUGACAUCAAAGUGGUGUUUCUGCCCCCUUCCCCCCCCAAUGCAACCUCAUUGUUGCAACCCAUGGACCAGGGGGUAUUUGCACCCUUCAAGGCCUACUAUCUUAGGAGCACAUUCUCCCAGGCCAUCAGGGCAACUGAGAAGGAAAGUGGACCAACUCUGAAGGAAUUCUGGAAGGGCUUCAACAUUUACCAUGCAGUUAAGAACAUUGGAGAGGCAUGGAAUGAAGUCAAACAAUCCAAUUUGAAUGGUGUUUGGAGAAAAUUGUGUUCUGAGUUUGUGUCUGACUUCCAAGGCUUUACAGACACUGUUGAAGAGGUGACCAAAAAUUUUGCUGAAACGGGAAAAGAACUCAACUUAGACGUUGUACCAGAGGAUGUUGAUGAGUUGCUGGCAUCACAUUCUGAAGAAUUAACUAAUGAGGACCUCAUUGAAUUGGAACAGCAAAAAGUGGCAGAGGAAGAAGAUGAUUCCCCUGUUGUUGAAGAGACUCCUUUUGUAAAGUCCUGA